AUGAAUUGUCUUCAACGAAUUAUUUCUCUUUCAAACUUUUCCAAUAAAAAAUUCAUCUCAUUAAAUACAUUAAUAACAAAUCAGAGAUGUAAAUUAUCGUUUUUAUCUGUGACAAAGGCUCAGAAUCUUUUACAACAGAAGAAAGUGACAUCAACAGCUUUAGUCAAGGAUUGUUUUUCCCAAAUAGUGAAACAUAAUGCUCAUUUGAAUGCAUUCAUAAAAGUACAAAAUGAAAACGUGGCAUUAGAAAAAGCUAAAGAAGCAGAUGAUAGAUUUAUUAGAGGAAUUAUUAAAGGACCUUUAGAUGGAAUACCCAUCACAUAUAAAGAUAAUUUUUGCACUAAAGAAUUACCAACCACAUGCGGAUCUAAAAUGUUAAAAAAUUUUAUAUCGCCUUUUAAUGCAACCGUUGUAGAUUUGCUACAAGAUGCUGGUGCAAUAAUGGUUGGAAAAACUAAUAUGGAUGAAUUUGGGAUGGGUGCAUUUGGACCAGUUUAUAAUCCUCAUGUAAUUACUUCUGACAAAAAAGGUUCCAUUGAUCAAGAACGACGAGUUGCUGGUGGAAGUUCUGGUGGCAGUGCUGCUGCUGUUGCUUCUGGAAUGUGCUUCGCUUCUCUUGGAUCUGACACAGGUGGUUCUAUACGCCUGCCUGCUUCAUAUUGUGGUGUUAUAGGUUUCAAACCUUCAUAUGGUCAAUGCUCACGGUGGGGACUAGUUGCGUAUGCUAGUUCAUUGGAUACUGUGGGUAUAAUAACGCGAAAUGUUCUUGAUGCACAACUCAUGUAUGAUAUAAUAUCAAAAUAUGACGAGAAAGAUCCAUCUUCACUUCCGCCAAAACUACGCUCAAUAAAUACCUCCUUGGCUUCAUUUGAUAAAACAAACUCUACUAAUUUGAGUGAAUUACGCGUUGGCAUACCACAAGAAUAUUUUGUGUCUGAACUAAGUGAUCCGAUAAAAAACUUAUGGCAACAAGGAAUUUCUCUUCUUCGUUCUCAUGGUGCAACAAUUGUGUCUGUAUCUUGUCCUAGCACCAAAUAUGCAUUGCCUGCUUAUUACAUUUUGGCUCCAGCAGAAGCUUCAUCCAAUUUGGCACGAUACGAUGGUGUUCGAUAUGGUCAUCGAAGUGAUAUGGAUUCUACUCAAGAAGAUGAACUACUUUACGCACAUACACGAAGCGAAGGGUUUGGUGAAGAAGUUAAACGUCGUAUUUUGUUAGGAACUUAUACAUUAACUGCCGGAUCUUAUAAUAAUUAUUUUCUUUGUGCUCAGAAAAUCCGAAAAAUGGUCCAAUCUGAUUUUGAUUCCGUUUUUCGAAGACCAAAUCCUCUUCACCUCAUCAAAAAUGGGUCGUCUCUUUACAAUCGUAAUAAUGACGAAAUUAUAGAAAUAUCAGAUCAUUUGAGAGAAAAACAUAAUGGUGUGGAUGUGAUAAUGACACCAGUUGCAAUUUCAACAUCUCCAAAGGCUAAAAAUUCACUGUCAUCAACCUUAUCUAAUUCAUCUUCAUGCGCUAAUACUAAUAAUACAAGAAGUUUAGAUGGUGAUAAUAGUUUUGUGAAUGCUUAUGUAAAUGACGUUUUUACUAUACCUGCAAACUUGGCCGGAAUUCCAGCGAUGAGUGUGCCUUUUGGCAUUUCACCAAUUGAUGGAUAUCCUAUUGGAUUACAAUUGAUGACACAAUAUGGUGAUGAAUACACUUUGUUCAAUAUUUCAAAAAUUUUGGAAAAUAAUAGACAAAAUUUUCUUUAA